CAGACGACAGCGAUAAAGCUGUUAUCUUCCCUCAUGACGCAAUUCACCAUCCCACUCUUCUUACGGCACAUUGCCAGCCAUGGCGGGCCCCGCAGCACGUUCGGCUCGAUUCUCAGAAAGCCGCUUGAAGCCUCUGAGGGACAGGGAUCCUCUUGAGGUGGUGGGAUUUGUGUCCAAAGGUGAUCGGCUGUAUGUGCGCAUCAAAGUUCAAUGAGGAGAUCGGAUGAGACACACCGGGUGGGAAGUUGUUCAUUGAGCUGAUCCCUCGCAGGCUCCUAGAUCACAAGGAACAACAGAAAUAUUUUGAGCGCAUCAAGAAUCGAUGGAUGGAGUUUUGUGCUCGACAUGCCGGUAACCUGAUUGAGGCUUUCGCAUCGCUUCCUACCAGUGCUUCCGCAGACGCGACAAGAAACCCACCGGCGUCUCGCCUCCAGUUGCCUAGCCACAAGACCGGACAGACUGGUCCUUCGCCGGCUACGGAAUUAUCCACUCUUCUGCUAUCUCUCCGCAAGCUCCGGGAAGCCGUGCUAGCCACCGCGUCCUCAGUUCCCGUGUCUUUCCAGCAGCAGGUCCAUGUGUUCUCAGUCACAGUUUCCAUUCGCGCUCAGCAUCCGCCUUCAUAUUUCCCUUCUCUCCGUUAUCUUCUUGAAACAUUACAUUCACCCUCUCACCCUUUACCCGACUCGGAGCUGAAAGACAUCAUAUCAUAUUUGGUCCUCGACUAUGCGUGCCGGCAACGGGAUAUGGUUUCUGCCUUCGAGCUGCGUGCACGGGCGCGUACUCAAUACGCCUUUAAGUCGGACGUAGUUGACCGUGUUUUGGCGGCGCUGAUGCAUGACAAUUGGAUUGCCUUUUGGCAGGUCCGAAACGAGGUGGAUUCACCUACGCGGGCUGUGAUCAAUUGGGCCGAGGACCGUGUCCGGAGGCAUGCGCUGAAAGCCGUCGGCAGUGCUUAUCUCAACGUCAACGUGAGCUGGAUUGUCGAACGCUGUACAGGAGAUGGAAGACAGUGGACUUGGGAGAAAUUGGUGGAGAAAGAAGGCUUGGGUUGGCAGCUAGAAGGUGACAAGGUAGUCAUUCGGAAACCUAAGCCCAAAGUGGCACCAAUCAAGAACAGCGAGUGAGUAGACGUUGGCUCAUUGAUUCAUUUAUAACGAUCGUUCCCACGCUCCGGUUGUCAAAGUGAGCAUUUGAGGCAUUGCACAGUCAUGGCGUUUGUUUGGGUUGGCAUGAGACAGCAUGAGCGUCAGAUGCCUCACUGGAUUAUUCAUCAUUAGCCGGCUAGACCUUAGAUAGUGUUCGGAAGAAAUAGAGUAUUGCUAUCCCUCGC